UUCCUUUUUUUCCCUAGUCCUGCCUGCUCCCUCGGCAGCCACCAGUCUACUUGUCGUCUGUUCCCACUCAAUGAUGACUUUUCCAAUCACUCAGGGUAUGAAAAGGAGGUCCUUAGCCCUGGUGACGAAGGCUGCUGCAGAACUGGAUUGGUAACUAUGGGUGUUCACUUAAUACCUCCUGCAACACCCGGCGUCGCAAAGCUGCUGGUUAUAAGCGCGGUGUCUGCCUAUAACUUGUUUUGCGCAGAGCUGCUGAAGGGGAAAGUCACCACCAGACGUGGCGAGGGUCGGCCGGGCCCCAGUGCAGCUCCAGUCCCCCCAAGAAGUGGCAUGGGCCACAGUGGACCUCCAGUCCCCCCAAGAAAAAGCGAGGUCCAGCCUGGCCCCAGUGGAACUCCACUCCCAUCCAGACAUGGCGAGGGCCAGUCGGGCUCCAGUGAACCUCCAGUGCCCCUCAGACGUGGUGAGGAACAGACUGGCCUCAGCGGACCUCCGGGGCCCCCCAGACCCCUUGUUGCAUCCUCACCUGAUCAGCCGACCUUUGUGUUUUUUUCUGGGUAUCCUGCCUUGGAGACUUUUCUGGUGGGUCCACUUCUCUUCACUCCACUGAAAACCAAAAUUCUAUAUAUUUCCUCAUCAUCCUUGCUGGUUCAGCUAGUAGUCCACUACACCUGUCACUCGUAUAAAAAACCCUGAACCCAUUACAGAUGUUUGUAUUCAAGACCAAACCUUGACUGAAGUAGCCCACAGCGUCCGAUUCUCCAAGUGGAACGCAAUUUGCACUUGAAGUCCAUUCGCGUGUAAAGAAUUUGCUAAUGUCGAGCUGAUCACAUUCCUAGCUGUAUUUUGUCUAACCUAGGAAUUGACAUGUUCCUUUCUAGCUAUGUUGUCCUGUGGCCCUUCUUUUACCAAGCAAGUUGACUGAGAACCCAAACUGUAUUACAGCAACAAACUUGGGACAAUUUGCAUGCAUGGGAAGGUGAGGGGUAGAAUGGGCCAAAAUGAAGUGUACAAAAAUCAAGAUGUGUUUUUUGUGGGGUAGGGUCUACCCCUGGGGGGGGGUACAAGUAGACGGGGGUACUUAUGUCAUGCAAUAAAAUGCAAAUUAAUUACUUA